AUUAGAAAAUGUGUAGUAGGAGAUGUGUUAUCUCUGGUUUAAAUUAAAAUGAAACUUUUGAGAUUUUGAGUUCCUUAACUCAAUAUUAAAUACUYAUUAUUCAUCUGCUAACUGCUUAUCUAAUAUUAAAAAAGUUGGACUAUUUUGAAACCUAUGUAGUUAUAAAUUCGUUGGACGUUGGAGACGUGUAUCUAAUGUUCUGAUGUCUUGCUAAACGUUCAUAUUUUAUAAUUUAUUUACCUAUACAGGAAUAUUUAUAUGUUUAUUUGUCAAUUCAUAACAGCUUUGAUGGAAUGGGGUCACGGAUAAGGAAUGAUGUUGUUCGUUUAUUUGAGUGUUUCUGUGAAGUAGCUGGCCCUAGUAAAGAAAACACAGUCCCGUGGAUUCUCCAAAAGUUUCCAGAGCACUAUAGAAAAGAUGAACUGCUCGGCACUGUCCCUAAUUUUGCAUAUCCUUGUGAUUUUGACAGAACCACGAUUCAACACUACUCAUUUGUACUGACUAAUGCGGAAUCGAAGUGGAUUUUUGGAUUUUGUAGACAUGACCCUAAAUCUGAGACUGCUUUAGUUGUUCUCAGUUAUCUUCCUUGGCAUGAAUCAUUUUAUAAAUUAUUAAAUUGUAUAUCUAAUCUAACAAACAAUAACAAUUCUAAAGAUCUAUGGUCAUUUUUGGAAUCUGURUAUAAUAGUAAGCUACCAAUCAAAGGACUUGACUUAAAAAUUAAUAGUGAUAGCGGCGAAGAGUUAUUUGUGUGUCAGUCGCCAAUUCAAUUCCAGUUACCAAGCAUUCCAGAAAAUAGAAAUUUGACAGAAUAUUACAGUGCAGUUGAUUGUCAAAAUAUGAUUAUUAUAUUUGCAUCAAUGUUAUUUGAACGUCGUAUUAUUUUUACUUCCAAAAAACUAUACAGAUUGAGUGCCUGUGUUCAAUCUGCUAAUGCAGUUCUAUAUCCAAUGAAUUGGCAACACAUAUUUAUACCAGUAUUACCUCAAUCACUUAUUGAUUACUUAUUAGCACCAAUGCCAUACUUAAUCGGCUUACCUCACUCAUUAUUCCAAAGUUUGCAACGUAAUGACUUAGGAGAUGUCGUUAUUCUAGAUGCAGAUAAUAAUACUAUAGAAACUCCAUUUGAUGAUAUGGAAAAUCUUCCUGCAGAUGUUGUAUCAACUUUAAGACGACAGUUACGAAAUAAAGGUACACUCUUAGGUGAUGGUGUAUCUAGAGCAUUUUUACGUGCUUUAGUUAAGUUAAUUGGCGGGUAUAGGGAUGCAUUAAAAUUUCAUCAAGGAGAACGUAUCACAUUUAAUAAAGAAGCAUUUAUCGAAUCUAGAUCAGCAAAUAUGCAACCAUUUUUAAAAAAAAUGUUGGAAUUGCAGAUUUUUCAACAGUUUAUAGAAGAAAGAUUAGAAAUGUUAAAUGCAGGACUUGGAUUUUCUGAUGAAUUUGAAAUGGAAGUUUGUAACUACCAUGAUAAAUCUAGUAAUAGAUUAAAGCAUCAGUAUAAAGAUUGGACAUUCACUAUGAAACGUGAAGGAACUGCAUUAUUUAAAAGUGUGAAGAAUGCAGUUAAAGAACGAGGAAAAGAUUUUCGGUUGGUUUACAAAGACAUUAGAUCAAAAUUCAAUGUUCCAAAUAAAAAUCCUCGAACCAAAAUCAGUACCCAUCCAAAUUCUGCUCCAAACUCUCCUUCAAUGCCGAAGAGACAAUCUUGGUCACAUACAACAGCAUCUGCUAGCUAUCGUAAAGAAACUGCCAACGGAUUACAAAAAUUAACUACAUCUCAAAAUUUUAAAGAUGCCUCGAUUUCACCGCUACCACAAAUUAAUUUGAACUUAAUGGAAGAUCUACAAGAUGUUAUAUUCAGAACUUGUGAUAAUGAUGAUCCACAAAAUUAUACAUCAUCCUGGGAUGAUUCAGUCAAAUCAAAUUUUAUCAUAAAUGAUGAUUUAAUAAACUCGUCAUUUGGAUCUGUGCCAAGUGAGUGUCCUAUGGAAACUAAAGAUCUGAUUCGGUUGGAUUCAACAUCUAGUAUAGAAGAUUUUGAUCCUUUAAAUAGUCCAACUAAUAGUAAUGGUUUGAUUCCAGGAGUAGGUCUUAGUAAUCCACUGUAUCAGUAUUUUGUUCCAUUAAAUAAAACUCAAUUAGAAACCAAAAACAAUAAUGACCUCCUUAAUGAGUAUGGAUUAAACUUUGAUUUGUUAAGUUGUACUGAUCAACCCGGUCCAUCCAUGUCACCGAGUCAACCCACUGUACCUCCAUUACCACCAAAACCACCCAAUUUUAAAUCAAAUUGGACCAAAUUUGAAUAAAAUUACAAAUCUAGAAUUUAUAAUUUUAAAAUACUUGUGAUAAAAAYAUUUUAUUUUGCAAUCACACUACUUUUAAGCUAGUGGUUACCACUUAUAUUAAAUAUUUUACAACAUUGUCCAUGUUUACAUUUUAUCAACAUUUUUUUAUAUACUCAUAUAUUAUUGUUACACCAAAUAUUAACAAAUGGACCAGAAUGUUGUGUCUGAUUUAGAUUGUUUAACGCUCAUAAAUGUAGUUGUAUAUUACAUGUUAUACAUGGUAAAAAUUGUAUGUUUAU